AUGCCAGGAGUCUUUUCCAGGUUGGUGCCCAGCAUUUUCAGUGCCUUUGGGUUGCAGGCCGUUCUGGCCGCGAUAUUCGUCCCACAGGCAAACGAAAAGUACUAUGACCUCGGCGGCUCCUUGGGUUUUCUCUCCACAACCUUCGUUUCGCUCUACUACCCAUCCUUCAAGGCAAAGUACUGGGACGGCCUCCCAGUCUCCCUGCCCAGCUUCGCCCCGAGACAGUUGCUCGUCACGGCCGCGCUGGGCAUAUGGACUAUCAGACUUGGCAGCUUCCUGGCGCAGAGAGCUAUCAAAGCCGCAGGAGACUCGCGCUUCGACGCGGUGAAGCACAAGCCCGCCACUUUCACCGCAUUCUGGAUGGCUCAAGCUACAUGGGUCCUCCUGGUCGGCCUACCCGUCUACAUGGUCAACACCCUCCCCGCCUCCGCCCACCCGCCGCUCUCCCCCCGGGACUACGCAGCACUCGCCCUCUUCGCCGGCUCCCUCCUCUUCGAAGCCGUCGCGGACCGCCAAAAGUCCGCCUGGAGGCACGCGAGAGAUAACAAGCAGCACGACAAGAAAUUCAUCACCAGCGGGCUCUGGAGCAUCAGUCGGCACCCAAACUACGUCGGCGAAGUCGGGAUAUGGACAGGCAUCGCCGCCCUGUCCACCGCGUCCCUCCAGAGCCCGUACUUUCCCCGCGGCGCCAUCGCCCUGGCUGCGCUCAGCCCGCUCACGACAUACUUCCUGCUGCGGAAGGUUUCUGGCGUCCCGCCUUUGGAGAAAGCGGGGGAUAAGAAGUACGGCGGUGACCCCAGGUGGCAGGAGUAUAAGAGGUUAGUGGUUGAGUUUGCAACGUUCGCGGUCUGAUGUUUUGUGCCUAGGAGCGUACCUGUCUUCUUCCCGUGGGGUCCCAAGGAAUGAGGUACCGGUUAAUGUCCGCGGGAAGUUGUAUUGUGUCCCUUUAACGAGGUAACCCUACCGUGAAAAUAUUGCAGGCCGGGAUAAGUGCGAGGCAGUGCGUAGCAUGGGCUUGGGCGUUUCUCGUACGGAUUGCACCCGCGGUUAACAAUGUAUGGAGCCUCCAAGGCGGUAGUAAUGCACACGAGCGAUGUACACCAUUUCUCUCUCCUUCGAUCAACG